AGAUGUUGCGAUGACACAGGAAACAUUACAAUAGAAGUACUUGGUAUACUUAGCUUAUACUUCAGGACAUCCUAAUUCACUCAAUGAAUCACAGUGUUCACCCGGUCCGGUUAUCACAGCUUCCCAGUGAAGUAGUCCGAUCUCACCAUCCAUGCUCUUUCUCGAGUAAGUGAGAGCCACACAACAGAAUCACUUGGAACAGACAUGACGUGGAAGAGAGGCCAUAUUGGAAUGUCAUCCCUCUGCCACCUUCUCCUCGUCCUUCUGCUGGUGAUGCUGACAUCUACAGAACGCCGCGGUAACUGUGGCAACAACUGGUGCAGCUGUAACAAUAUCACCAAACAAGCAACAUGCAAAGGUCACGGAAGGAAACUUACAUAUAUUCCAAGGCUACCACAGUUCAUAACUGACCUGGAUUUCUAUCGCAACUUUCUUCCAAACAUUUCCUCAAAAACCUUCAAAAACAUUCAAUCACUCAAGUUAAAAAGGUUAAGUCUGACAUCAAACAGGAUAACAAGAAUGUCCGCCUACUCAUUUAUUCAUCUAACUACUUUAACAGAGUUGAGUCUUGAUGGAAACAUUUUCUCAGGAAACUCUUUAGCAGAAACAUUCCCAACUUUGAGCCAUCUUCCUCUUAAAACGUUAUCGCUACGUCGACUGAAGUUGAACGAUUCACGCAUCUUUCAGCGAUUAUACAGUCGUACAAUGAAGUCUCUGGACCUAGACAGAAACGAGUUUGAAACUUAUAACCAGGCUGACUGUAGCGGCCUCUCCAACAUCCAGACUUUAUCACUGGCUUAUAACUUUAUCCGUGAAGUAGCUCUGGCGUACGCCCCAUCGUUACUCUCCUUGACUCUGAAAGACAACUAUAUUUCCAGGUUUCCUAAUUUUUGUAGGACGAAUGGGUCCUAUUUCCCGAGCCUUGAAUCUCUGAAGCUGGACCAUAAUGACUUAUACACGCCAAUUGAGGGUCGUUACAUUCAGUGCUUAAAGAAUUUGUCUGUCUUUUCUAUCAACAGCAAUAAUCACAUUGCGGAGAUAAAGUCAAAUUCAUUCUCGGAAAUGCCCUCGUUAACUAACGUAAUCCUCAAGAAUGUAGGAGGUGGCUCCCUUUAUAUAGACCAGUAUGCUUUCAACAACAGUAAAAUACAAUACAUCUCUUUACUAUCAAGUGGUGUGAUCUUCAAGACUCAUGUGCACAAAGACGCAUUCAAAGGAUGCCCCAAUCUGCUGUCAGUUGAUGUUUCUUAUAAUAGACUCUCAAACACAUCCGACCAGGAACUAAACGACUGGUUUGGACACUUAACAUCUUUAACAGGAAUUGGCCUUGGGAGCUGUGGAUUGAUAUCGUUUCCAAAGUUUAUUUCAGUUUCCUUGCACAACUUGCAAUACCUGAAACUGUAUGAGAAUGGCUUUGACGAGUUACCCGUUGGUAGCCUGACACCUUUGAAGAAUCUUACCCAUAUCUGGCUAUCAAAAAACCGAUUAGCCAGAAUAGAUGAACGCGUCUUCACCUCCGAAGUCCAACAAAAGCUUCAAAUUGUUGAUUUUAUGCACAACCCUUUUGCAUGUAACUGUGAAAUCCUCUGGUUCCUAAACUGGAUAAAGUCGGACAGUAACAAGUUCAUAGACUAUCCGAAGAACUAUUUGUGUUCCAGUCCUGGGGAAAUGAGAGGUAGAGUACUCUCCAAAGUAAAUAUGCCUAAACAGUCUUGCCUCCUCCCUUUCCCAGCUAUCUUUGUCCUAAUUGGUGUGUGUGGGAUAUGCUUCUUUGUCCUCAUCUCGGGGUCUGUUGCAUACAGGUAUCGAUGGCACAUUCGGCAUUAUGUGUACCAGAGACGAUACCAGAGGGGGGAAUUCCAGCGACUCGACAACGUAGAGAUUAUAUAUGAUGCUUAUGUAAUAUAUAGUUUGGAGGACAUCAGAUGGAUAAAGAACGAACUCAUUCCAAAAGCCGAGGAAACUCAUGGAUCCAAACUGUACAUUCGUGACCGAGACUCUUUGGCUGGUCUCCCUAUUGUCGAUAAUGUUGUUAAUAAUCUGAAUGUAAGUAAAACCAUCCUGAUUCUUCUGUCUAAUGCCAUGGCCAGAGAUGAGCAGUGUCAGUUCGAGCUGAUGUUUGUCCAGAGACACCUGGAAGGGGAGAGGAAUCCCAUCAUCCUGGUGCUGCUGGAGGAGGUUCAGGUGGCCCACCUGACUCAGUCAGUGUACGCCCUGGUCAGAAUGCAUCCCUUUAUCCCCUGGGGAGACGAGGAGGAUGCCAGAAGAUUAUUUUGGGAUCGCUUAUUUUUAUCACUUAAUCCUGAGCGCGGAGUGAGGACAGAUGCCGUUGAUGCUUAAAUUGUUGACUGUGACACACUGGAUCAGUUGCGGCUUCUUUUUGGAUCGCUUAUUGUCAUCACUGGACAAUGGCUGAAAAGUCAGACCAGAGGCUGGACAUGGUCAACACCUCCCAGGAAAUGUCAGUUCAUUCUUUGUUGUGAAAAGGUGUAGAACUCAAUGACUUUUACAUUCGUGACCAAUUCGUGUUAUUCCGGGACAAGCCGAAUAGCGACGUCUUCUUGGAGGAUACGGAAAGGGGCAAGGUGACAAAUGUGACUUUUAGUCCCGGUAUCACAAUGGCGUUGCUUGAUACGCGGCCAGUUGUGAAGGUUGUAGAUGUUUAUAACUAUGGUGUUGUGUGGUUUUGUGCAUAGACCUCAGGUCCCAAAACAGUUGAAAUUAAGCAACGUUGGUCAUGGAGAGUAGUCCUUGAGUAGGUAACCGUGUUUGGCAGCUUGACUCCUGAAAGUUUCUAAGUCUUCAGUCCUGCCCUACAACGAAGGAGACGUGACACAUGUGGUCUCACCUUAGGCAAGCGAGCCUUUGUUCACCCAGCAGUGAAUGGGUACCCGGUGGGAUAAGUCAACAUUCUGGCGCCUCACAGGCAACCAGGGGUAAUACUGUCCAUUAUGUUGUAUUUGAACUAAAGCGUUCAUUCCCUAUAUUGAAGUAUGUACAUGACAUGCAUCCUGACAUUAUCCACACAGCUACUUAGAGUAUUUAUUAGGAUGUAUGCAUGCUUCAUUAUCUGCUGUACCAUGUAUGAAGUCACCGCAUGUUGUUGACGUGUAACCAGUUCAUUUUGACAGACUGGAUGAUUGGCGGAGUCAGUGGUGAUGUCAAGGUGAACUUUCGGACUGAUCAAUGAACAAUGAGUUUGGGACAGUGGAGUUAAGUGAAUUACACUUGUGCUGUAUAUAAGCAUGUCAUUCUGAACUCCGGUUAAAGCGAAACACUGUAAAAGCCCGAAUACCGGGUUCUUACUCUGACACAUUGAACGAUUGUGAGUGUCAUUUCCUGUACAUAUAUAUUUGAGUACCUCAGGCCUCAGCUUCCUGAAUUAUACUGUACAAUAUCCCGAGGAUAAGACCAAGGAAAUAGUUUCGCUGUUUCUAUCACACUAUUGCAGUUUAAUGUACUUGCUCUAAUACAUUUCACAUUUUCAAGAAGACUCGAAAGCGUCAAUAUGUAGGAUAAUAAUC